AAGGAACGUAAGGAUCCAAUUGAGAAGGUCCGAAAUUUCACGCCUAAACUGGAGAUCAAAGUGGAAGAUUAUUCCCUGCAAAUCUUCGUUGUGAAUUCAGAGGAAACUUACAGAGACAAAGAGUAGUGGCAAAAACCUAGCCAGGAAAUCUGGCAAACCUUGGAGGAUUGAGGGCUCGGUUAUCGUUGAAGCAUUCCGUUUCUGAUCACAACGACGACGAGGAAGAGUGCAGGCCUUGGCGUCGUAGGCUUUCUAUGGCUUUCACAUGGCGCUCCGCCCUCAAGAUUACCGUCUUUCUUCUACUUCUUGCUGCUGCUGUAACUGCCUGUUUCACCCUCCCAAUCGAGAAGAUUCUGAAGGACUUUUUACUAUGGGUUCAUGAAGAUCUCGGUGCUUGGGGUCCACUUGUGCUGUCUGUUGCAUACAUUCCUUUGACAGUGCUGGUAGUUCCUGCCUCAAUACUUACUCUUGGUGGUGGCUAUCUAUUUGGGUUACCUGUGGGCUUUGUUGCUGAUUCCAUUGGUGCAACGGUUGGGGCUGGGGCAGCUUUCCUUCUUGGACGAACUAUUGGAAAGUCUUUUGUUGUUUCCAAGCUGAAGGAUUAUCCACAGUUUCAUUCGGUUGCAAUUGCUAUUAAUCGGUCUGGAUUUAAGAUCGUUUUGCUGCUCCGACUUGUACCUUUACUUCCGUUUAACAUGUUGAAUUACCUGUUGUCCGUGACUCCUGUUUCACUAGGGGAAUACAUGUUGGCUUCAUGGUUGGGAAUGAUGCCCAUCACCCUUGCAUUGGUAUAUGUUGGAACCACACUCAAAGAUCUGUCGGAUGUUACACAUGGUUGGGGAGAACUUUCGAAGACUCGUUGGGCAUUCAUAAUAUUAGGUCUUGUGGUAUCUGUGGUUCUGGCGUACUGCGUGACCAGGGUUGCUAAGGCUGCUUUAGAAAAAGCUUUGGCUGAGACUGGAGAUGGUGCUGUUGAUUAUUUGGGUCUCUCCUCGCAGCUACCCAUUGUAGCUGCUGAAUCGCAUGCUGUUGAUCUUAACCAGCCUCUCAUAAUCAAGAUUGACUCUCCUCAAGAUGAUGAUCGUAAAUGAAAACCAACUCUUUUCACAUCUUUUGAUUCCCUACUUUCAGAUUUCAGACGGCAUUUGAAGACGUCAAGGUUUGGAUUCACUGGUUGCUUGCGGCGGUGUUGCUGGCGUUGUUGUCCGUCAACUGCAGGCAAAGUGGCCUCAUUAUAGAUGAGCUUAUCCUAAGCAUGGUUCAGUUGAAUUUCUCUGUCUGCAAUGAUAAAAGGCAGAUUGUUAAGCCAUCAAACUUGAUGAUUGAUUGAAACAGUUAUUAUUGUUCACUUGAAUUCAUAAUUUUUAGGACAACCGCCUUUGAAUGAAUCACUAGUUGAUUGGGGUGAUUAUUAUUAGUUCACUUGAA